CGAUUUACUCACGAAUUUGAACAUCUUUAGUUGGUUUUUGGUUGGUUGUUUUUGGGGGAAGCUCAGAGAGAUGACUGAUGCUGUUUUGAUCUGCACGAAUAGCUUUUAUAGCAGUCGCCAGCAGCUGCUAAGGGCUCAAACAGCGGCGACCAGCCACCAACUUCGGCUGCUGGCGAGGUCGUCCACCUUGAGGCGCAUUCGACAGCCACUUCGGCGUUCGGGCAUCGGCACUUCGGCGAUCUGCAGCAGCCAGAAAUCAUAAUGAGCAGAGAUCGGUUCGGCUCACGAUCUGAUCGGAGACGAAGUCGGGUCAUGCUGGGGCGUGCUGAAGGUCAGCGAUGUUUCGAUUGGCGUCGACUCGAGCGGAGAUUCGUUGGUUCUAUAAAAGCAGAGCUCGGAGUUCCCAAUCAUCAUCAGUUAUCCAUCGAAUCUUCUCGUGCAAACAAGCAGCAGUCACAGUCACAGCCACACCCAAAACCAACUUCCAAUAUGUUCAAAUUCAUUGCCAUUGUUGCCCUCCUCGUCGCCUCUGUGAGCGCUGGCCUGAUCGAGACCCACCAUGUUGUGCAUGAGCCUGUCCUCGCCAAGGUUGGAACCGUGGUGCACUCUGCACCCUCUGCCGUCUCCCACCAGAGCAUCACCCAGGUGCACAGCAAGUCCUACAUCCAGCCCGUGGUUGCUCCCGUCCUGAAGACCACCAUCCACUCUUCUCCCGCCGUGGCUGUCCAUGCUGUCCAUGCUGCUCCUGUCGUCCACACCGUUCACUCCGCUCCUCUGGUCCACUCUGUGCCUGUGCUGCACCACGCUGCUCCUCUGGCCUACACUCUGCACCAUUAGAACCCAAAUAAUUGUUUCUUUGUUAAACUAAAUAAAUCUACUGAAAGUAUUAUUGAUC